GUGAGGAGGACCGCUUCCGGUACGAAGAAAACACAACAAUUUUUGUUAGAAAAAUGCACCAAAAUCAUUGAUUUGCGUCACUGCCAGUGUUCAAAGGCUGUAUGAUGGGGGAUGCCACAUAUUCUGCUGAGCAGAUCGAGCAGCUCUUGAAAUGUCCUGUCUGCCUUGAUCGCUUUAACCAACCCAAGAUCCUUCCCUGUCAGCACACGUUCUGCAAAUCACCAUGCCUCCAGGGACUCAUCUUGUCAAGCAACAACCGAUUUAUCAAAUGUCCCGAGUGUCGUGCACAACAUUUAGUCCCAAGAGAGGGAAUUGACGGCUUUGCUACGAACAUUACAAUUGCUGGAUUUCUGGAUCUGCAGGCGCGGGCUCCAGCUCCUGCGUCGGCUACCGUGGAAACAGAUCAGGUGGAUUCAGGCAACAGCGCAAGUCCAUUGAACUCAGGUUGUGGCGUCUGCAAUGCUGACCUUGAACUUGUACUUUGUCAUCACUGUGAUAAACGUGUCUGCGAUAGCUGCCGUCAAAGCCAUGUCAGGCAGAUGAAACUUGACAUCGGUCGGGUUGUUAAUCAGCUCCGACGGAAAAUUCCCAAGGUGUCUGACCUUGUGGGUCAAGUCGAGCACGGGAGUGAACAAGUCCGUUCUAAUGUUGACUCUAUAAAAGCUGAAAUAAACAACACAAUAGAAAAACAUGUGAAAGAACUUAGAGACCGGCAGAAUGUUUUGAAUACAGAGUUAGAGAUCUUGUUACAAACCGAGACGAGAUCUUUAAGACUUCAUCAAGAAAAUCUGGAAGUUGAGCUCGCAAGUAUUGCAAGUUUCUGCGAUUCGACUGAAGGUGCUGUGUCGCGGGAAUCAACCGUGCCAGAUACUGAUCUCGUGGCUAUGAGGCAGCAGAGCUCGCAACUGAUGGCGCAGUGCCUUCACCUCGAGAAUCAAACGCUACCCCAGAGUCGCCAGUUUCGUUGGGAUUAUAAUGGACAGAAUACUAUGAAUAUGAUAUUGAACUUGGGUGACAUUGCUGUUGCCGGAAGCACUAAUGUGCAGAAUGGUACUUCACCUCCACAGGCAGUUCAUCGGGGGCAAAGAAAUGGACAUAUGCGGGAAAAUAUUGCGUUCAUUGCGCCCCUUUACGAGCGUGGCGCCACUGACAUGCUGAUGCCACUGCAACGCUCGCCCGGCAUUCAGGUACCGGAAAGGAGGGGCCGUAGUUCAAAUGUUGAUGUUCUGCGCAAUAGUGAUAGUCGACUCAACCAGCUGUCGUCACGUAGUUAUCAACCGCCGCAUUUAAGACAGAGCCACCCGGCUGCAACAUCUGUUCGUCAUACACCACCUGUGAUGCACCAACCGCCUGCCGUGCCUUCCCUAAUCCGAACUGAUAACUCACUAUUCACAACACCGGCACGUCCAGUGAGAGAACUCCAUGACGAUGAAGAACGCGCAUUUGCUGGUUUCAUCAGCUUUUCGAAUCCGAACUUCAGAGGCAACCGCACAAGGCCUCAGGUUAUUCGUGCUGGGAAUGAUCGUAGAAACAAUCGAAGAAAUCACCUGCGCAAUAACCAAAGUGAGAACUCAAACCAAAGCAAUGGUAAUACCUCUGCAUCUGCAGCUCCCAGCAUGCCGGGCAGAGAAAGGACAUUUACUGUCGACGAGAAUGAAAAUAGUCCUCAUAACACUAACAAUGCUAAUACUAGACCAGGGUUACGCGAGCAGGGUAUCAGUUUCGAGAUCCCGCUAAAUGGGGAUGAAGCCAGUGGAAGUGCAAACAUUGACAAUGCUAUAAAUAGCAACAUUGCUGAUCAGGCGGCGGGAGAUGGACCUGUCCCACUUCACGAUUACCGCGGUAAGACGAGAAUAUUUCGCCGAAUUGGCUCUCGGGGAAACGGCAACGGAAAAUUCACUUGGCCACGUGGCGUGGCUGUUGGGCCCAAUACUGAAAACAUCCAUGUUGCGGACAGUAGUAAUCAUAGAGUACAGAUAUUCAGUAAGGAAGGACAGUUCUUAAAGUCAUUUGGGUCCUAUGGGCAGAAUUCUGGUGAAUUCGACUGCCUGGCUGGGAUCACUGUCAACGCUUCGGGGCAGAUUAUCAUCUCAGACCGUUAUAACCACAGGGUACAGAUCUUCAAUAGCGACGGUAACUUCGUAAAACAGUUUGGCGAGGAAGGUCCGGGGGACGGAAAGUUUAGCUAUCCCUGGGGUGUCUGCUGUGAUAGCGCAGGUUGCGUAUACGUUUGCGACAAAGAAAAUCAUCGCAUACAGAAAUUCCAAGCAGACGGUACUUUUGUACGCAAGUUCGGCAGUUUCGGUAACGGGAAUGGCAAGUUUGAAAAUCCGCAUUAUGUUGCCGUUAACGACAACACCCUUGUUGUCAGUGACCAUGGCAACCAUCGGAUUCAGGUUUUUGAUUUGGAUGGGAACCACAAACUUUCAUUUGGCUCCGAGGGCACAGAACCUGGGCAGUUGAAGUAUCCAAAAGGGGUCGCCAUAGACCAACAGGGGUUCAUCUUGGUGGGAAAUAGUGGGAAUAACCGAAUUGAUGUUUUCAGGGGCACUGGGAGUUUUUUCUGUUCGUUUGGUGGCUUGCGGCUAGGGAAUAAUGGAAAUUUGAAGAGUUUGGAAGAUAUAGCUCUCAUGGCGAAUGGAAGAGUCAUUGCCUGCAACAGAGAAAGCCAUAACUUGACUAUCUAUUAGGGGACCAAGUUCUGCAAUUUGAAGCCUUGAUGAAAGAUUCUGUUGAGAAAUUCAUGGCUGUUGAUAAUUUUUCUUGUAACAAAUCUUGCCAACAUGUUAUAGCUGACACAUUCUGCCUAAUAAGUUUUUGACAGUGUUUACUGUGCUGUGUUUUAGAUUUACUGUUGAAUCAAUCGAUUUGUGACUUAAUUUAUCUGAACUUUCUCAUGACAUUCCAUUUUAUAGUGAUGAUAUCAGAUUGUUUUAAGGUGUUCCUUCUGUCAUGUCUGUGCCAUGCCCAGUGUAAGACUUGUGAAAUAACUUAGCUAAUUUCUGCCGUGCUUGUCUCAUUAUAGAAUUUGUUUUAUAUCUGUUUAAUUAUUAAUCCAAAAUCCAAAAUCGUAGCUUUAACAGUUUUGGGAUUUUAUCCCAGCUUACGAAAAUCAACCACUCACAAAAACUAGCAUUUCACGGUUUUUAGUAACUAAUAACCUUUAUUCUUAGUAUUUCGCAGGUUUUAGCUCAACUAAUAGCCUUUAUUCUUAGUAUUUGACAGGUUUUAGUAGCUAAUGGCCUUUAUUCUUAGUAUUUCACUGGUUUUAGUAAGUAAUGGCCUUUAUUCUUAGUAUUUCACGGCUUCUAGUAACUUAGCGGCCUUUAUUCUUGUGUUCAAUAAUAUUUUUCAUUUUUAAUCGCUUGAUAUCAUGUGCAGUGUAAUUAGAAUAGGUGCUCACACUUGACAUUUGUACAACUUCUAUCAUAAAAUUGCCUGUCAACCUCAGAAAAAUGAUUCCAAUCUGUAAUGUUAUGGCUGUUUUCACCUAGGAUCACCAAUUGUAAUACAUGUCAAGAACCAUGGGGUUUUUUUUCCAAAUAGUCAUGCUGUUUUUUCCACAAAGUCUUGCUAUUUAUGGCUGUUCCUCUAUCUAAAAUAUGAAUAAAAC